CUGUUUAGCUGGCAGGGGGCGGCAUUCAAAAUGGCGGACCGCAAGAAUACAAAGGACAUGCGGGAAAUCCGCAUCAGCAAGCUGGUGCUGAACAUUGCCGUCGGCGAGUCCGGCGAUAGGCUGCAGAAGGCCGCCAAGGUGUUGGAGCAGCUUACUUCCCAGGUUCCGGUGUACGGGAAGGCCCGCUUCACCGUCCGCUCGUUUGCUAUCCGCCGUAAUGAGAAGAUUUCGUGCUUUGUUACCGUCCGUGGCGAGAAGGCCUACGACCUGGUGAAGCGCGGCCUGGCUGUGAAGGAGUUCGAGCUCCUGCGCAAGAACUUCUCUGACACCGGCAACUUCGGCUUUGGCAUCCAGGAGCAUAUCGAUUUGGGCCUGAAGUACGACCCGUCGACCGGUAUUUACGGCAUGGACUUCUACGUGUGCCUGGAGAGGCGAGGGUACCGCGUGGCCCGCCGCCGGAAGUGCAAGUCGCGGGUGGGCGUCAAGCACAAGGUUACCAAGGAGGAUGCCAUCAAGUGGUUCCAGCAGGAGUUCGAUGGUGUUGUCCUCAACAAGGCCCCCACCGCCUAAGCGGUUAAGAAGGGCGAUCGAUACAGUGGCAUGUGUAACCGGACCCCUGUGGUGUCCCGAUUCGUGUCCUGGUCUCGAAACCCGCGCUCCCUUCCAGGUCGUGAGUAGGUACGGAAGGUUUCAGCCGCCGUUACACGCAAGUUUAAGCAGCAGCAAGUCAAUGGCUUCCUAUGUAUCGUUCCUGGGCAGAAACGGCAUCCAAUGGGAUCAGUUGUGAUGCCAAACUCAGAUCCAAUUGUCAUACUGUGUGAGCGGUAUGCACACGAGAUGUCGUAACACACACUGGUGUGGCCCGCAUCCGAAAGCUGCAAUGGUCGUGAGAGGCCCUAAGACACACCAGGGAGAGCGCCGCACCACAGCGCCAAACAAUCAGACAUGGUCCCGAAAACCAAUGCCAAACUAUAUGGCACUUCUUUUUUGCAAGCAGCUCUACCAUCUGUUGGCGUUUCCAGACUGCCAACCAACACAGCACGCGCAGCGGUACGUAUUUAUGAGCCGUUACGAUGCAAACUUUGCCGUGUAACAACGCAAUGCU